ACCAAGCGCUUAAAAUUCCCUCGAAACCCAAAUCACGUGACGGGGUCUCCGCUCGGACAGGUCGCGAUGCUGCUCAACCCGGCGUGCGAGGCGGCGUCGCUGGACAGCAUCCUGCACCACCUCCUGGACGAGCCGCCGGCGGCGGCGCCGCGGCCGGUGUACUGCCGCAGCGCGAGCUUCGGCAGCCUGGUCGCGGACCAGUGGAGCGAGUCGCUCCCGUUCCGCCCCGACGACGCCGACGACAUGGUCGUCUUCGGCGCGCUCCGGGACGCCUUCUCCCGGGGCUGGCUCCCGGACGGCUCCUUCGCCGCCGUCAAGCCCGAGCCGCCGGCGUCCCCAGACUGCCCCUACGAGUUCGGCUCCUGCCUCGGCGCGGGCGGCCUCCUCCCCGCGUCGCCCGAGGAGGAGGAGGAGGACCCCGAGACGCGGACGGCCGAGGCGGCGUCGGCCGCGACGACGCCCGGGGCCGGCGAGGAGGCCGCGGCGGUGGGCAGGGGGAAGCACUACCGCGGGGUGAGGCAGCGGCCGUGGGGCAAAUUCGCCGCGGAGAUCCGGGACCCGGCCAGGAACGGCGCGCGCGUGUGGCUCGGCACCUACGACAGCGCCGAGGACGCCGCCGUGGCGUACGACCGCGCCGCCUACCGCAUGCGCGGGUCCCGCGCGCUCCUCAACUUCCCGCUCCGCAUCGGCUCCGAGAUCGCCGCCGCGACGGCGGCCGCCGCCACCGCCCCCGCCCCCGCCCCCACCGUGGGAGAGAAGCGGCCGUCCCCCGAGCCGUCCGCGAGCUCCGACUCUUCCUCCCCCUCAUCGUCGUCCUCCUCGUCCGGGACUCCCAAGCGGAGGAAGAGAGGCGAGGCCGCGGCCGCGACCAUGGCCAUGGCCCUGGUGCCGCCCUCGCCGGCGCAGCCUCCCGUCCAGCUGACCCUCCCGGCCCACCCGUGGUUCGCUGCCGGCCCGGUCCAGCAGCUAGUGAGCUAAGUGGCGAUGCACUGAUGUUAGUAUCAGUCGAUCUUCCUCGCGAGAAAAUUGGCUGCUUGAUGAAUCGAGCCGAGUGCAAGAACAGAGCAACAUUUGACUGCUCAUCCAGCACACACACACUGCUCCAAGAAAUGACUGGCAUGGAACCUGUCCCCCGAUGGGUUUGCCCAAGUGAAACCAAGAAAAAUGAAGAAAAAAAAGAUGCUGCCUCGUGAGAAAUUAGUGUUUCUUCUAAGAAGCUUGUAAGGUAGAAUCAGGAGUGUCGUGUUGCUGCGUCAUCGCAUUGGAAUUGGGAUUGGUUGAAAUCGGAAGCUUCUCCGUGAGAUGCUGCUGGCCGUGGCCGUGGUGCAAAUUUGCAUCAUCAGCACUUCUUCAACGGAUACUAGUAUUCUUUGUUCUUUAGUUUGGAGUAUUAUUCAAAGUGAUUCCUAUCAAAAUUGUCAGAUGCUACUUCACUGUCUGAUUGGAACAUGAGAGCGUGCGCACUGUUGUUGCAUAGGAGUAUAGUAUACUAAUGUUCAACACUA